UAUUUCCCGUGGAGCACAAUAAUCGUGUCUCUGAUUCUCUUCCUUACCCUAUCGCCGCUCCUUGCUUUCUCCUACAACGUGGACACGAGUUACCCCAUUGUCUUCGAGGAUCAAGAAUCUGGAGGAAAUGGAUAUUUCGGAUACACCGUCACCCUCCGAUCGGGCCAAAACUCUGCUGCUUCAGCCAGCAUCUUCAUUGGUGCCCCGAAGUACGGGGAAGGUGAGGGUGCCUUGUACCGGUGCACCGUAAAUGAGAACGAAACACCCAGCAACUCCUGUCGAAUACUGGAGGUCGACAAAGCCUCCACUUUGAAAAAAAUCACGUUACAGUAUGUUAAAUCGGUAAAAAUCGAACGUACCGGGACCAUCGGAUGGCUUGGAGCCAGUCUCGCGACUCAAGAGUUCUCCGAUCUUACGGUUUGCGCUCCACUUACCUUAUUCAAAUAUGAUGGAACUGGCGACAGCUAUGAAAAGGAAACAAAGACGUUGGCGUACGAUAUGCAUGGGAUUUGCUACAACCUGCCUGGAGCCAUCAACGAUACCCUUUACCGUGACAACUCCAUUACGUUUCCUUUAAGUUACUUGUUGCGAGACGACCCUACUCUGCACGGAUUCUCCAUCCACUAUGCAGCAAAAAAGGACCCGAAGACGGUUGAGCUGAUUAUCGGAAAACCUACCGUGAAUGAGGUGGAAAUUCAUCACAAAAAUAAGACGGAGACUAGAGGCUAUCGUCUCAAGGAUAAUACUGAUCAUGUAGUACAAAAUGUCAUGGCAGGUGCCAACCUUGGCUACUCGGUCACCUCGGGAUACUUUUUCCGUCCUCAAGAGUUGGUCUUUGCCGCUGGAACGCCGGCGUGGAAUCUAACGGGCCAAGUCGUAGUUUACUUGCCGGGUACUGUGUGGGAAACAAAAAUCGACGGUUCCGUGCUUGGCGAGUACUUUGGCGCGAGUUUGGCGACGGGGGACUUUGACAACGACGGUCUGGACGACAUUGCCGUAGGCGCACCGCACUGGGGUGAAGUAGACUACGGUCGAGUCUACACAUUUUACGGGAACAAUAAGGGCGUUUUCAGGGAAGGUCUGAUGCUCCAGGGUACAUCAGAAUACGGACAGUUCGGUUACACCUUGGCCGCCAGUGAUCUGGACGGCGACGGUUACGCAGAUUUGGUGGUGGGCGCUCCGUGGGAGGCGUCCGGUGCCGUCUACGUCUUUUACGGCCAGCGUGAGUUCGGCACCAAAGAAGGAUGUACCCCGAUAAAACAACGAAUCUCGCCCUCGGAGUUUAAGAGCUCUGUAACCAUCCAGCGUUUUGGAUUCUCGCUCGCGCUUCCUGUCGACGUCGAUAACAAUGGAUAUCCCGAUUUGGCAGUUGGUGCGUACAAAUCUGGACACGCGAUUCUAUUGCGGAGUAAACCUGUCGUAAAGCUGACGCCUCGACUUGUCUCCUACUCACCUAUAUUGGACAGAUCCGCUCGUAGUUUUGUCAUCGGCGUCUGUGCCGAGUAUCAUGGAAAGGGAGCACCCGAAUCUCUAGUGCUCAGUGUCGAGAUCGCAGUGGAUGAAGAAUAUACGCGCAUUGAAAAUGACGAAUCUAUGAAGUCUUUUACAACCCCGUUCUCGCCAAAUGAAAUAUCAACAUGCGUCAACAAAACGCUUUAUCUCGUGAGGGAAUUUGGAAAUUUUUUCGAACCAAUCGUCAUUCGUGGAAGGUUCAGCGUCAGCAAAGAAAGCAGACAAGGGGAUAAAUUCUGCUCACAUUGCCCCGUUCUGAACAAGGGCCAUUUGCUGGAGGAAGCGGAAUUAUUUGUACCUUUCAAUAGCGGAUGUAAAGAUGGCAAAGUGUGCAACUCAAAUUUAUCAAUCAGCUGGAUAGCUACAGGUGUCAGCAACGAUGAUCAAUGGGUUAUAGGAUCGGGAGACGUAAAUAUUGAUAUCCGAGUAUCGAACAACGGAGAGUCGGCGUUUCGAACGCAGAUCACGAUCGAAAUGCCACCAGGAGUCCGUCUUCGAAAAGCGAUACCGUCCUGCGUGGAGACUAAAGAGGGAAAUUCCGUAGUUCUGAAAUGCAACAUCAGCAACCCUCUCUUCAAAGGGGAAUCAAAAUUAUUAGCCGUCGACCUCGACAUGGGGGAAAUCGCAAACUCGGCCGGAGGGACGACUUUGUGUUUUAACGCUACCACGAAAACAUGGAGCGUUGAUCACGGGGAGAAGAAAAGUGUUUUCUGUUUGCGACUCGAAAAUAGAGCUCACAUAACGCUGACAGGGGUGGAAAACGAAGAAAACUACGAAUACGGAAAGACAGGGAAUAAUACGAAGCUGUCUAUUCGGCACACUUACCAACUUACCAAAAAGGGACCAUCGUCACUGGUGAAAGUACACUUUGCGGUCGACGUGCCUGUCGCCAUUACCGAAAAAAACGUGUCCAUUGUUCACAUUUACCCUCCAGAGCUGGAUAGUUCUGGAAACAUGCACAAGUGCUCGAUCGUCGACACUGAAAAAUACAGGGAUACAAUUUUGCCGCAAAUGAAGAGUCGCGGAACUCCUGAGCAGAACGUUGAGAAAAAGGAGGAAGAGCAGGAAGUUGGUGCGAAAAAUAAGAAAAAACACUCGUGGGAGGAGAAAAAUAUCACGCGUCAGGAGGAAAAGACGAGCAUUGACGGUCAAGGCACCGAUCGAACAAUUUAUGUCAAUUGUUCAACGGUGGGCAUAAGAUGUCGCACAGUAACGUGUGAUGUUAACAUAUCAAAAACGUCUGAAUACGUAGAAUAUUUCAAUCUGGAUAUGAUAUUUGACCUACAGCCGUUACUUACAUCCGACGGGAAUUCUAUUAUCGUAAACUUUGGCACCGAAGCGCGAGCAGACAGAGACACGAUGAAUGGUUCGCGCUUCGUAGAGGCUAAAUCAUCCACGAUGCUCUACAAGUCGCCGGAGACUCAGAAAUUGGCAGGCUCGAUUUUGCCAGUUUCGCUAUGCCUUGGUCUUUUAUCGUUGGUCAUUCUGGUCGUCGUGUUAUGGAAACUCUGA